GGAAGUUUUGAAAAACAGUUUAGCAAUUGCCUCCAUUAUGCCAGAUGAAUUUGCAUAUAGAUACAUGAAAGGUCCAGGUUACAUGGCGGUAGUAGCAGGUGAAGUUGUACACAUCAUUGAAUGUAUUCCUAAAGAAUUAAAAAUAAGAAAAACGAAUGAAUGUUAUAAUCGUUUACCAAUAAUGCAAGGAAAUGAAACCGCGUAUUUAACACCACGAACUCAUAUCGUAGUAACACAGGCAACACAGAUACCAUGUAAUUCACCACUACUACAAUACUACCGUUUGGGUAGCACAUGGUUCAAGAUGCUGCCGCAACCAGUUGAAACUCUUCCUCCUGCUGAAAUCAAACCACAUGGAAAAAUCACGUGGAAGUAUCACAAUCCACAACAUUUGGCAACCAGUGGAAUUGACACCGAAUCGGAUCUCGAGAAAAUGCGAGAUAGAAUUAUGUUUCCAAUGGAAAAUACAGCAGUGCUGAACAAAAUCGCACAGAGGGUAUCAGGAAAUGGAACACAAUAUGCCUCACCCUCAAUGUUUAAUCUAUUCGAUGAAAAUGCGUUAGAAAAGCUAGCAGAAAACGCGUGGGAAAGAACGUGGGGUCGUUUUAUUAAGUUUGGCGCAAUAAGCGCAGGAUUUAUUGGAAUUUUCAUGGUCAUCAGGAUAUGCAAACUCCUGGUGGACACAAUCAUCCAUGGAUAUACUCUUCAUUUGGUUUACGGAUGGUCCAUUCAUUUACUAGGAGCAAUUUGGGACUCCGUUACACACCUUCUUUUACACCUGGCACGAUCUCGGCGAAAUUAUACACGUGCUGAAGAUCGUGAUAUCAAACUAGCAAAAAUUCCAUCCGCGUCAGCCGAAUUGACAGAUCCAAUUUAUCCACAAUGUGAACUCACAACUGAAGAGUCAGGACAAGAAACCCUGACAAAAGACAAUUUCGUUAAAAAAAAAAAAAAAAAGAAACCCAUCACUGCGCUGCUCUCAUUACUCCAUUCUAAUUACAGAUUUUCUACGGCGGAUAUAAAAGUUCGCCCCAUUAACACUUUAAACCGCAAACUGAUCAGAUUAUAA